AUGAGUCAACGUGAUAUUAAUCUUCUUGAUUUACCAAAUGAGAUAUUAUUUAAUAUUUUGAAAAAACUCAAUAAUAUGGAUGUUCUUUACUCUCUACUUGAUAACAAUAAUCAACGACUUCAUAUUAUAGCACAAGAUAAAAUCUUCACAAACAUUCUUAAUUUUGUUUCCAUAUUAUCAACUAAAGAUAAUUGUUCAAUUUCUAAUCGAAAACUUGAUAGAUUUUGUUUUGAAAUAUUACCUCAAAUUCAUCAUAAUGUGAAAUGUCUCAUUCUCGAAUCAGUUUCUAUAGAACGUAUUCUUCUUGUUGCUGAAUAUCCUAAUCUUACUCAACUUAAAAUUUUCAAUUUCAAUAAAGAAAUCAUGUCACGUUAUUUCAAAGGUGAUGAAUUCACACAUAUAUUGAUCUUUGUUCAAAAGUUGAGAUAUAAAACAUAUUCAAAAGAUGAUCUACCUAAUUUGAAAUGUUUUUCAUUAAUAUGCUAUAAUGCAACUGGUUUAUAUGACAAUUUAGUUGUACCUCUUCUUCGUCGUAUGUCACAUCUUGAAGAACUAACAUUGCAUGUUUAUAUCUUAAAUCGACCUACAUUCGUCGAUGGUAUUCAUCUGCAUAAGGAAAUUCUAAUUUAUAUGCCGCGACUUGAUAAACUUACUUUUUAUAUUAAUACAACAAAUGAGAUCAAUGGUCCAAUUCAUCGCCUAUGUAACGAUGAUAUCCAACGAACGUUUUCAUAUAUAAAUCAUAGUCAAGUGAUUUCUAUAGUAGAUUAUUUUGGUAGUUACAAGGCCGCGUGUCAUGUUUUCUCUCUUCCAUUUCUAUUUCAUUGUCUCCAAUGGAUCACGAACAAUUUUCCACCUAUUAUAUUCAGUUCUGUAACUCAUUUGAAGUUAUUAGAUACUCUUCCAUUCAAACCUGAAUUUUUCAUUCGAAUUACACAAUCGUUUCCAUCACUUAAAUAUUUGUUUGUUAGAAAUAUUCGAUCUCCAUUGUGGAGCUUUUGUGAAUCUUCUUCAGUUAAUGACCAUUCAUGUUCAAUUGUUGAAUAUUCUCAUCUGAUUUCACUUGACAUCGAUUUUGUAAAUAUUGAUUAUGUUGAUCAGUUUCUCAAUGAAUCAAAAACACGUCUACCAUGUUUAACCGAAUUAGUAGUUCAAUUUGAUCAAUUGAAAAAUGUAACAGAGAAUUUUACAAGAGAUGCGACGCGACGAAAUUGUGCUAAAGUGAAACGAUUAAUUGUUAAAAAUUUAAUAGAUUUUCCGAAAGUUGUUUAUCGCUAUUUUCCUUCAUUGUAA